UUAGCGAAGCUUAAAUAAGUAAACAAUCCUUUCUCCCAGUCUUCUUAAUUACCUGCUUGGCAAACUCUCACUUAGCCCAUUAAGGGUUAAAGUCGGCGGCGUAGUGAAAUUGAACACAGUUCCGGUUGAGCGCGACGGUGGCUGCUUUGUUACCUGCUGGCCUCUAACGUCUGUACUUUGCAGGCUUCUCAGGUGCGUCCUGGUCGCCAUUAGCCUCCGCUGAGUGUCACGCAGCUAACGCGAGGACGUCAUGGCGGCAGCGGAGGUGAAGAAGAAGGGCUCUUUCGUACAGUUGGAAUUAGUUUGGCAGCCUGUAGACGAGCAUGUGAGUUGUUUGCAACACAAACGCUGCUUGACUUGAGCAUGGUGGAUUUGGUGUGUGAGGAGCUCCAAUCCCUAACACAAUAAAAACAAAUGGAGGACCCAUCCCUUGCGGCCCUCCUGGAAUGCCCCCUGUGUUCGGAGCAGCUGGACAUGUCCGCCAAGGUGCUGCCCUGCCAGCACACGUUCUGUAAGGCCUGUUUGCAGAGGCAGGAGGCGGCACACUCGCAGCUGUUCUGCCCGGAGUGCAGAACCCCUGUCAACGUGAGGACGGUGGAGGAGCUCCCUGAGAACAUCCUGCUAAUGCGACUCCUGGAGGGGCUGCAGGGGUCAGUGGGGCAAGGACGGAACACGCAUUACGCUGUGCCCUUUGCCAGGAGAAGCGGGGCUGUCAGUGAAGGUCACCGCAGAGAACAUCAAGACCACAAAGAGGUGUUUGGGAAAGCUUCAAUGCGCAGCCUACAAGGAGAUGCACCUGGAGAGCUGGUCCUUGCGCCCGCUAACGGCAUCACGCUGAAACACAGCGCCAACGGGGACUGGCACUAUAGACACAACAGCGACACCGGUAGCGCAUCCAUCAGCCAGAUGCCUCAAACGAUAGCCCCCCAGCAGUCGCUGGCUCUAUGCCGAGCACUUUGUGACUUUAGUCCCACAGAGAUGAACGUGGAGAAGAGUGAUUAUUGUCUCAGUUUCCGAAAGGGAGACAUCCUCACUGUCAUCAGACGGGUGGAUGAACACUGGAUUGAAGCCAAAUUGGGUGACAGAAGUGGAAUUUGCCCUCUGCAGUUUACCGAGCUGAACUCUGUGGCGGCCAAACUGCUGGAGGGAAAGAGUCCGAGGGGGAGUGACUCGACAGAAUAUCAACAUAAGACUGGAAGCAGGGGCAAAGACAAGGCCUCGGAGGCGUCCGGCAGGACCAACAACCAAAGGGCCACUCAACUUUCGGCGAAGACGCCACACACCCACACUCCGGCCCCCUUCAACUUGCACAAACAGCCGAGACCAAGCAGCGGCGACUUUUCCCACACGGCUGCCGGGGAGAAGAACAACAUCAGCGGCUUUAACCUCCGGCAACAGUCGCAUCGCUCCUCCGUGCGCCCCGCCACCCGUGGACACUCUCAUCCCUCAAGAGUCCGACGCCACUCUGACAUCCCACACAAGCACCUGUUACUGAAUGAGAAGAUGGCCAACGAGGCACCGCCCAACAUCUCGAUGGCUCUGUUGAACCCCCAAAUGUCUUCUUCAUCUGCAGACAGCAAAACCUCUACCACACAGCAACUGUCCAUCAGUGUGUGUGCUGUGCUGUACUCUUAUAAGCCACAUCGCCCUGAGGAGCUGGAGCUGAGGAAAGGCGAGAUGGUGGGAGUGUACGGGAAGUUCAAGGAAGGCUGGCUGCGUGGGUUAUCUCUCAGAACGGGCAAAGUGGGCGUCCUGCCCAGCAACUAUAUCACUCCUGUGCUCAGAACUUCGGCCAGACUCCUGGAGACCAAAGCGGCGAGCUCGUCCUCCCAGCACAGCACAGCGGCGGGAAAGAAGCCCACAGCCGCCAGGAAUCCUGUCCUUGCUGUUGAUAGGGUGAACACUAAUGGAUCGCAAUACCCGGCAGCACAGGUGGCACCUGUGCCAAACGGAGUGCAGCACGCAAUGUCCUCCCCAGGCGCUGGAAAAUCAUCUUUCUAUGGAAGCUCGCAAGGUUGGGAGACAGUGAGGCGCUUCUUUAACCCACAAAGAGUAUCCAAUCCUUUCAACCAUUCGUCCAAUUUGAAUGUACCCUCCUACUCGGAGCACUUUGCCCAAGUUCAAGCGUCAGGCUACUCGCCUGCCAUGCAGAGGAAGAAAAACGGCGGACUUCUGCCUGGCUCCGGAAGAACAGUAGGCCGCCCGAGUGAGCCCACAGUGCUCUCUGCUGUCCCCCAUCCCAGGGACCGGGACUUCACCUCGUCUCAUGAGACGGGAGGACAUUAUCUGCAUGAACGACAGCCGUCCAGUGGGCCGCAGUCCAUUCUUAUCAGACCCGAGUUCCACAAGAGCCCGACAGACAAGCCUGUCAAGUCGGUGCGCUUCGUCACAGAUGAAGACCCUUCACUUCCACGUCUUCGGACCUCUUCAUGGUCUUCAGGAAGCCAGCUCCCCUCCAGUUUCGCCCCGGUGCCUCCCUCGCUGGACGCCUGGGCACCAUCCCUCACUUUGGGAAGAGACGGACCCGGAAUCAUUCUCAAAGAUGGAAAAGCUCCAGCUCUCCGGAAAGGCAUGGAAACGCUUCUUUCAGACGUGAACUCUAACCCGCAAAAGACGAUGUCGUCCCACCCGCCGCUCUCGACCCAGUUCAGCCCCUCCAGACACCGAGUGACCACAACACAUCUAGCCCAGAUGGACUCCGAGCUCAGUCUUCUUCAAGGAGAGCUGGUUCUGGUCCACAGACCUCGACCCGAUGGCCGAGUCCUGGUUACUCAGGAGAGCAGCGGCCGGACGGGCCUUUUUCACAGUAGUAUUCUUCACGGUCUGGAGAGGAUCAGUUGACUCUGACUGGAAUGAAUCAAGUUUAUAAGAGAUUUCCAUGAAGGAUUUAGUUUUUGCCCUCUGUCCAUAUUCAAAUCCUAGAGAUAUAUUUUGUGUUUUUCAGUGUAUGAGCAUGCAAUGUAUGUCUCACUUGGACUGAGAAUUUGCACAACAACCCACCAAAUGUUCCCAUGUUUAUGCCCGUGUUACAUCGGUGAGUGCCUUUGUCAAAACCCAGAAAGAAACAAUAUCACUAUGUAUGGUCAAAUAUUCUCUGUGACAAUAAAGCACCUAAAACAACCAA